CUGGAGGAAGGAAGUGGGGAGGAGGAGACUGCUCGGGAACCCUCCUUCCUCGCUCUCGGCUGUUCUCCUGCUUGCCUAGCUCUCGGCUCGCCCUCCGGGUCGGAGCUCUGCAGGGAGGCCCCAGCCCCCGGGCCUUGCACCCCCCCCCCAGCACCUGGCAGCCCCGGUGGACACUGCGAGGUGACUCGAAACCACUAGCGCCAUGGCGACUCCCUCUGCUGCCUUCGAGGCCCUUAUGAAUGGAGUGACAAGCUGGGAUCUCCCUGAAGAUGCUAUCCCAUGUGAACUGCUCCUGAUUGGCGAGGCCUCGUUUCCUGUGAUGGUGAAUGACAUGGGCCAGGUCCUCAUUGCUGCCUCCACCUACGGUCGAGGCCGCCUGGUGGUCUUAUCCCAUGAAGACUACUUGGUGGAAACCCAGCUCUCACCCUUUCUCGUCAAUGCUGUGGGGUGGCUUUGUUCUUCCCCUGGGGCUCCCAUCGGUGUCCACCCAUCCCUGGCACCUUUGGUCAAAGUGUUCGAGGGUGUUGGAAUAGAGGCAAAAAUUGAGCCAGAAGUGAACGACGCCCUAGGGGUUUACUGUAUCGAUGCCUACAAUGAAACCAUGACUGAAAAGCUGGUCCAGUUUAUCAAGCGUGGAGGAGGCUUGCUCAUAGGAGGCCAGGCCUGGGAUUGGGCCAACCAGGGUGAUGAUGAAAGGGUUCUGUUCACAUUCCCUGGGAACCUGGUGACCAGUGUGGCCGGUGUGUACUUCACUGACAAUAAAGGGGACACCAGUUUCUUUAAAGUCUCUAAGAAGAUGCCCAAGAUCCCAGUCUUGGUUAGUUGUGAAGAUGACCUGUCUGAGGAUAGAGAUGAGCUUCUGCAUGGGAUUUCGGAGCUGGACAUCAGCAACUCAGAUUGUUUUCCAUCCCAGCUGCUGGUGCAUGGGGCCUUAGCUUUUCCUCUGGGCUUAGAUUCCUACCAUGGCUGUGUUAUAGCUGCUGCUCGCUAUGGCCGAGGCCGAGUGGUUGUGACUGGCCAUAAAGUAUUAUUCACCGUGGGGAAACUCGGCCCCUUUCUGCUCAAUGCUGUCCGCUGGCUGGACGGAGGCCGAAGAGGCAAGAUCGUGGUGCAGACGGAGCUGCGAACGCUAAGCGGCCUGCUUGCCGUGGGGGGCAUAGACACCAGCAUUGAGCCCCAUCUGACCAGCGACGCGAGUGUUUAUUGCUUUGAACCCGUGAAUGACGUGGGGGUCAAAGAACUGCAGGAGUUUGUAGCAGAGGGCGGUGGGUUAUUCGUUGGAGCUCAGGCUUGGUGGUGGGCCUUCAAGAACCCUGGAGUGUCUCCUCUGGCUCGAUUCCCUGGAAACCUCCUCCUCAACCCCUUUGGCAUCAGCAUCACAAGCCAAAGCCUCAAUCCAGGGCCCUUCCGUACCCCGAAAGCGGGGAUAAGGACCUAUCACUUCCGCUCCACUCUGGCCGAGUUUCAGGUUAUCAUGGGCCGAAAGAGAGGAAACGUAGAGAAAGGCUGGCUGGCAAAGCUGGGACCCGAUGGCGCAGCUUUCCUGCAGAUCCCUGCUGAAGAGAUCCCGGCCUACAUGUCUGUGCAUCGGCUUUUACGGAAGCUGCUGAGCCGUUAUCGUCUCCCAGUAGCCACCCGAGAGAACCCUGUAAUUAAUGACUGCUGCAGAGGGGCUAUGCUUUCUCUGGCCACGGGCCUGGCACACUCCGGAAGUGAUCUCUCUCUGUUGGUCCCAGAAAUCGAAGACAUAUACAGCACCCCCUACCUGCGCCCCUUGGAGUCUCCUAUCACCGUGGAAGUCAACUGCACCAAUCCAGGCACCCGAUACUGCUGGAUGAGUACUGGCCUCUACAUACCCGCAAGGCAAAUCAUAGAAGUCUCACUGCCUGAAACUGCUGCCUCUGCCGAUCUGAAGAUACAAAUUGGCUGCCACACAGAUGACCUGACCAGGGCCAGCAAGCUGUUCCGAGGACCCCUUGUGAUUAACAGGUGCUGCUUGGACAAGCCCACGAAACCUAUUACCUGCCUCUGGGGUGGACUCCUCUAUAUCAUUGUGCCUCAGAACAGCAAGCUGGGUUCUGUCCCCAUCACCGUUAAAGGGGCUGUGCAUGCCCCCUACUACAAGUUGGGAGAGACAUCCCAGGAGGAGUGGAAGAGACAAAUCCAGGAGAACCCAGGUCCCUGGGGAGAGCUGGCCACCGACAACAUCAUCCUGACAGUGCCAACCGCAAAUCUGCGUGCGCUGGAGAACCCUGAGCCGCUACUCCGGCUCUGGGACGAAGUGAUGCAGGCUGUGGCACGAUUGGGUGGCGAGCCAUUCCCUUUGCGUUUGCCCCAGAGGAUCGUGGCUGAUGUGCAGAUCUCAGUGGGCUGGAUGCAUGCUGGGUACCCCAUCAUGUGCCACCUGGAGUCUGUACAAGAGCUUAUCAAUGAGAAGCUCAUCAGAACCAAGGGGCUGUGGGGACCUGUGCACGAGUUGGGCCGUAACCAGCAGCGGCAGGAGUGGGAAUUCCCCCCACACACCACGGAGGCCACCUGCAACCUGUGGUGUGUGUAUGUGCAUGAGACAGUCUUGGGCAUCCCUCGCGGCCGUGCUAAUAUUGCGCUGUGGCCCCCAGUUCGGGAGAAGAGAGUCCGAAUCUACCUGAGCAAGGGGCCUAAUGUGAAAAACUGGACUGCCUGGACUGCGCUGGAAACGUACUUGCAGCUCCAGGAGGCCUUCGGAUGGGAGCCAUUCAUCCGUCUCUUCUCUGAGUACAGGAACCAGACCAACUUGCCCACAGACAAUGUCGACAAGAUGAAUCUGUGGGUCAAGAUGUUCUCCCACCAAGUGCAGAAGAAUUUGGCUCCAUUCUUUGAGGCCUGGGCCUGGCCCAUCCAGAAGGAAGUGGCUACCAGCCUGGCCUACCUGCCUGAGUGGAAGGAAAAUAUUAUGAAAUUGUACCUCCUCACACAGAUGCCCCACUGAAGCUGACAUCAAGAAACACAGAACAGAAGUGACAAAUCCCAGCCAAGAAAACUGAAGGUAUUUGGUAACCAUUGGAAAAGAUCUCAACACACUCUGGGAGAGAGAAAGUGGAAGAAGCAUGAAAAUGAAUUAAAAGAGCAAAGGUACCUUUCAGACAGAAUAUAAGCUGAUCUGAACAACAUAACCCCAAAGAAACUAAAGCAACAGAAAAAUCUAUUACUAAAGAAUUGUACCAGUGGUAAAAUUCAUCCCCAUUCUGUUCUACCCCCACUCUUGUACAUAGAACAUAAGUAGCCUACUAUUGGUACCAGUUAAAACUUCAUUGUUGCUGUUCUUGUUGUUGUUUGUAUAAAGGAAUUAAAUAAAUUGUCUGAGGAGAGGGAAGAGUUGAUAUUCCAAAUAAAAUACUUUUGUGAAAAUAUGUGGCCCCUUCAGCCUACCAGCUAAUUCUCUAGAAUUAAGAUCCCUAGUCAAAUACUCGGUGUUUCUGCUCAUAUGAGGGUCACUGGAGAUAAAGACUUAUCCAUGCAAUUGGAGGGGAAAAAACCCAAUCUGUAAAAGUCAAUAGUUAAAAUUGAUUUUUAAGUGUAAAUUUUCAGCUGGAAAUCCCCAGACAUGGAGGGGAGAUGGAAACAGCAAGAGAAAAGGAUAAGAAAAGUAAGCAAGAAGAAUUAAGGAAGUUUUAAAAAGUUUACAAACUGGAGAAAACAAAGUCAGCAUGGUAGAGAGAUAAUUUAAAAUUGCAGUAACAUAUUCAGAGAGAUUUGAGUUGUUUUUGUAAAAUGGUAACGGGAUAUUACAAGAAAAGGGAAAUUUUUAACAAUAGCAAGAGAUCUUUGAAAACAAAAUAAGACUUCCAAAAGAUUUUUGUAGACAAUCUGGAAAAUAAAGUAAAAAGACUCUCCUUGGACAUAGAGCAAAAAUAAACAGAAAAUAGGAAGGAAAGAGACACAGACAACUAAAAUGUAACCAUUAGGAGUUUCUAGAAGAAAGAACACAGAAAACAGUAAAGAAUAAAGAGAAUCAAAGAGCAGAAAGAAUUACAUCUUGAGACUGAAAAUGCCCAAAACAACCCAUAUUUAGGUACAAUCUUAUGAAAUUUAGAAAUACUAAGUGUAGAUGAUGAUAUUAAAAGUGCACAGGAAGAGAAAAAAUUAAAUCAUCAUAAUUAGCUGAAGUAAAAAAAUGAGAAAUAGGUUGAUGGGAGAUCAGUCAGUGACACAGAAUUUUAGAAGCCAAGGGAGUGAUGUGUUCAUGUAGCUUCUAGAAAACUUUUGUCCCCAGGAUUCUAUAGAAGGCAAACUGGGAAAGAGGAAUAUCAAAAUAAAGACAUUUUCCAGCAUGCAAGUUUUCAGAAAAGAUACCUUCUUUGUACCUUUAUUGAGAAAGUAGCUUGAGGAAUUUCUCCAGAAACAUAAUCAAAACCAGGAAAUAGGAAAAAGUGGGAUCCAGAAAAGAGUAGACCUCACCCCAGAAGUCUUAUUGUUGCGUAAUAGUUAUCGAGUCACAAACUCACUCUAGAGUGAUAAUUAUACAGAGGGACAUAUCACUCUACAGUGACAUUUGUCCAGCUGAUCCAUUUUGGGUGAGAACACAUAAUCAAGGGCUCUGUGGGAAGAAUGCAUUCUACGCAUGGAUAAUACCAUUGAGGAGCUAAGAAGUUGGAAAAUCUGGAAUGCACACGUUCUUUAGCCUACCAAAAACAAAGAUUAAAAAUACAACAGGAAUUCAGGUCCAGUUAUGAAGCAAAACAAAACAGACGUAAUUUUAAUGAUUUAUGUGAUAAAUCAAUUUGACAUGGGUUGUAAGUACAUCCUCUUUCCAGUACUAUAUGCAUGAUGCCAUUGGGUGUGCUAGUUUCUAUUGGAUUUUCAUUUUGUAAAAAGUAUUUUUAUAGCCAAAAUCAUGUACUUGCCAUUUAUUGAUCCUCAGUGUUCUGAUAUCAGCAAACCAUGAAAGGAAUAAUAUUUUAUUUAGAACUGAAAUUGAAAAUAAUGCUGACAAGGUAAAAAGAAAAGAAAAAGAAGUUAAGAAUUAGUUGAGUGAAUAAAAGGAAGAAAAGGUAUGGCUACUUACAUAUUCAAAGUGGGGAUGAAAAGAAAAAGUCCUUAGUUAAAAGGAGAAAAACUAGAUAGUAAAUUCAAAACUAAACCAAUAAAACUAUUUAAAAUGACAUAUCUAUUAAGCAUUUGGAGAAGGAUGGACAAAGGAAAGGUGGAAUAGUAUAAGUUAAAUCCUUAUCUUUUGUAAUGGGGAAUUAUUAAAGAUUGUCUAAAGUUAAUAAGUCAAGAAAUUAUUGUUUGAACAUAUUAUUUAAAGUUAGGAAGUUAGAAGAUACAAAAUUAGAUAUUGUUAAAAAAAAAGCAUCUAGGGACUAGGACUAGAAUUACAAAAGAGUGGGGUGGCAAACUGUGUUUUUCAUUUUAAGUCUUUCUGUACUAUUUAAUUUUUUACCUUGUGCAUGUAUUACUUCGAAAAAUUUUUAAUAAACAGAAAUAAAAAUCC